UCAAAAAGCUUUCUUCCUCAGCUCCCUCACUCUCUCUUUCUCUCUCUAUUUCUUGGCGGUUUCUUCCUCCAUUAACGUUUCUGUCAGAAAACUCCAAUUUUUUUCUGCUCAAAACCACCAGGCAUGGAAGCUGAGCACGGUGGUGGAGGUAUUGGAGCUGGAGGAGGUAAUAGAGGCAAAAAUAUUCCAAAUCCUAUAAAGCAAGAGCAAAAACGUCGUUCUCAAAAUCCAGAUCCACCAAAUCAAGCGAUAGAAGAAGGCUUUGAUGAACCUCAAAGGGAAUUUGGGGAUGGGAGUCGUCUUGUCUUCGAUUUCACCUCGACACACUUACAUUUGCUUGGAAUAAUUGAAGAGCAAUCAGAAGAUGAUUGUUGGGCGAGAGUUCUCCGUAAGAUUUUGGAAUUCGGGUACAAUAUGAAUAUUCAAAAUGUUGCUGAACAAAAGCCUUUGUCGAUGGAAGGUCUCGUUACUUUAGUCAGAAAAGUAAGCGAAAAAGCUCAGAUUCAAAGGGGAGGUAGAAAAAAGAGUUUGACAAUUGCUUCACUCAAAAGACCAAUAAAGUUCAUUCGUGAGAUAGGACUUGAAAAGGAUUUCGGAAGAAAUAACAAGAGUGAAAGAAGAUUUUAUUACAAAGCACAAUGCAACUCCGGAAGAAAUCAGAAAUUUGUUGGUAACAAAAGGUCUGGUUGGUAUAUCUCUGCAUACAGAACCAGAGUUUUUGGCACUUAAUAAUGGAAUCUACGCUUUGAAGAUACCGCAGGGAGCCACCUUGGAUUAUAUAAGACAUGUGCUAAUCAUUGUUUCUUAUGGGUUCACACUAG